CGGGUUGCCCCCCUCUCCUCGCUCGGUGCGCUCCUCUCCUGCAAAGUGCGCACACUUUGCUGCGCCGCUCUCGGUGAUCAGGAGGCGCCGCCGGAGCAGAGGGAGAAGGAGAAUAAAAAAAAGCUGGAGACGCACAUGUUCCUUCUCCUUUUUCUCAUGUCCUCUCCUCUGCACCGUGACAGCGCCCACUGCUCACGCCCGGGCCUCUCAGAGCCUCCACAGCCAACCAAGGGCUCGAUGACAUGAUGACCCGCCCCCGUUCCCUUUCCCCCUCCAUCUCUCUCAUUCCUGUUCUCCUCCGACUCCUCCUCCUCCCUCCUUCUCUCGUCUCCUCUUCCUUCUCCAACACCCCGUUGAGCUGGACGUCGCCUCACGAGCCCUGCUACCACCCAGAUGGCCGUCCUCGACACUGCCUGUCAGAGUUCAUCAAUGCCGCGUACGGGGUCCCGGUCAAUGUCACCCACUCCGUGCACGGGCCCGACAAUAACCCCAACAUCACCACGCUCACGGACCUGCACAACCCGCACAACCUGACCUGCUGGAGGGCUCGUGGAGGCGCCGACGCGGGCGACUGGGUCUUCACCCUACCUCUUGGCCGCCGCUUUGAGAUCACCUACAUCAGUUUGCAGUUCUGCAGCCAGGGGGAGCUCUCUGACCCCAUUUCCAUCUCCUUCCUCAAAUCCAUGGACCACGGGCGUACCUGGAGGCCAAUGCAGCACUACUCCAGCAACUGCCUGGAGGACUUCAAGCAACCCGCUCAGACCAUCGCCCAAACGAGACACCAAGAGACAGAGCCCCUCUGCUCAGACCCUCGGCCCUUGCAGCGGCAGCGGGGCGGCACCGUGCUUGCCUUCUCCACUCUGGAUGGUCGCCCGUCCUCUCCUGACUUUGAUUACAGCCCCACCCUCCAGGACUGGGUCACAGCCACGGACAUCCGGGUGAUCUUCCACAGACCCUCCAACAACGCGAAGGUGGUCAACAAAAUGGAAGAAACCGAACGGUAUGACGGCGUGCACGACGCGAAACGAACCGGGGUCCUGAAGUGGAGAGCGGACAUAAAGAGUGACACUGGAGAUCAGGUGGACAAGUUAAGGGAUAAUACACUGGCUUUUUUUGACAGGGACAGAAAAAACUCAGAUAAGAUAAGCAGGGAGAGUAAAGAGGAGCGGCUAGACAAGCAGCGUAGGAAGGACCAUCGCAAAGGUUCAGGUCACGGUCAAGAUGGCCACAAUGUGACCAGCAAGGAAGGCGAAGACACCUUUGGCACAGACUUACUCGCUUCGCCAAAGAAAGGGGGCAAAACCAGAAAGCGGAACCGCAACAAGGAAAACAAUUUUUGGGCCCCUUGCCCAAACGGAGGCUGUACCUGGACGGUCGAGGGGCGGAGCAGGAGCAACAGCGGACGAGAACUGAGGAAGAGGAGGAACAACAACCCCAGCACAAGACAAAACUUGAGGAUUCCCUCCGGCAUGGUCGUCCCUGUCCGAGCUCCUCCACUGGCCAUUUCCGACCUGCAAGUCGGAGGGAGGUGCAAAUGUAACGGACACGCUUCCAGGUGCCGGCGCGACGACGCUGGUCGCACUGUGUGUGUGUGCGAGCACCACACAACGGGCCCGGACUGUGACGUGUGUGAGGACUUCUAUGUUGACAGGCCGUGGCAUCGCGCCACGCCCACUCACCCAAACCCCUGUGUUGCCUGCGAGUGUAACGGCCACUCAAACAAAUGCCGCUUCAGCAUGGAGGUGUUCCAGCAGUCGGGCAGGAAGAGCGGAGGAGUGUGCCUGAAGUGUCGGCACCACACGGCCGGGCGCCACUGCCAGUACUGCCAGAACGGAUACACCCGCAAUACCAACAAACCGCUCAACCACCGCGAGGCCUGUCAACGUCAGUCACUAUACGGUUUUUCAUGUCAGUGCCACCCUCUGGGAGCUGUGGGCCGCUGGUGCAACCAAACAUCGGGUCAGUGUCUGUGUCGAGAAGGAGUGACCGGCCUCCGAUGCAACCGCUGUGCUCCGGGAUACAAACAGGGCAAGUCCACUCUGCGGCCCUGCAUACGAAUUCAGGAGGUCGCUCCAACCCCAGUGUACCAGCCUCAGUACAGCAUAGCGGAGGAGUGUGUGUCCUACUGCCAGCCCUCUGAGGUGAAAGUCCGGAUGAACCUGGAGACCUACUGUCUCAAGGAUUACGUGCUAAAGGUGCAAGUGAGAGGGAUGGAGCGUUCAGGUCCCUGGUGGCAGUUCUCCAUCGCAGUACAAACCGUCUUCCGGACAGGCUCCACCUCCCGUGUCCGGAGGGGCCCCCAGUCCCUCUGGGUUCCCGACCGUGACCUCAGCUGCGGCUGCCCCCCCCUCCAAGUGGGCCGGACAUUCCUCCUCAUCGGCGCAGAGGAAGGGGAGCGGAGUUGGGCUCCGGAGGAGAGUCGGCUGGUGGCGGACCGCUCCACACUGGCCCUCCAGUGGCGGGAACACUGGAGUCCCAAGCUCAGGGGCUUCCGGGGGCAGGACAAGAGGGGCCGCUGUCCCCCAAAAUCCCCACACAGCCACCACCCCCGGGGCAGGGAGCACACAAAGACACGUUCUGCAUACAUCCCCCCUCACCUGUUGACUGAGACAGACGGCGGCCCUCGCAGUGACAGAAAACAGUCCGUGAACUUGGACGAGCCUCGGACCGGCACAGACAUUACACCCGCGGAGACAACACCUUCUUCUUCUUCUUCUUCCACCCCUCCUCUGGCGUGUUCAACUCCAAACCCUUAAUAAAACAACAAUUUACAACUACAGAGAAAUUAUUUAAAGGCAAAGACGGUUAUCGUUCAGGGUUUUUUUGUCACUCUGUUGAAGGUUUUAGUAGAAAGUUUGGACUUAUUCGUCCAUUUUGACGAAAACCCAGAGGAACAUCCCUCCACAUAAAACACAUCUGGUUUAGCUUUCAACUGCUGCUGCUGCUCUGUGAAUUUACUGGAGGACCUGUCAUGCUCCAGUCCUGCACAAAAUUACUAAAGUUCAUCGACGACUAAAGCUUUCCCCCAACAAGAAUGAUUUUUUUUAACCCAUUACAAAAUAAACACUGAAAACUUAUGCUGUAUAUUUUCUUGCAAAUUCCAUUGUUUUUAAUCAGAUUUUAUUUAUUUGCAUUUAAGAGAAAUCUGGGCAUAAAACAGAAUAACUAGUUUUUUUUGGGAGGGAUCGUCAUGAUUCGAAUUAGAAGCCUGUCCUCCUAAAGGCUGAUAAAAUAAACAUUUUGUUUCAA